AUGCUUCCGCUUUCGCUACUCAAGACUGCUCAAGGUCACCCUAUGUUGGUAGAGCUGAAAAAUGGGGAAACAUACAAUGGGCACUUGGUUAAUUGUGACACUUGGAUGAAUAUCCAUCUUCGUGAAGUUAUAUGCACCUCAAAGGAUGGGGAUAGGUUUUGGCGAAUGCCUGAGUGCUACAUAAGAGGGAACACAAUUAAGUAUCUUAGAGUUCCAGAUGAGGUGAUUGAUAAAGUUCAGGAGGAGACGAAAAGCCGUUCUGAUAGAAAGCCACCUGGAGUAGGGCGUGGAAGAGGAAGAGGUAGAGAAGAUGGCUUGAAACCGAAAGGCAUUGGCCGUGGCAUGGAGGAUGGAGGUGGUCGAGGUGCAGGAGGAGGCCGAGGUAGAGCUGCAUCUGGAGGGAGGGCUGGUGGAAAUAGAGGUGGGGGUGGAGGUCGUGGCCGUUGA